AUGGAAUCAGUAAUAAAAAUGGAAGUUGACGAAAGCGUGAAAGAAGCAGAUAGUGGUGAUGUUAUAGAAAUUAGUUACGAAGAAAAACUCAAAUACACAAAUCCUAUAGCUAAACCUAUGGCUUCAAAGAAAUUAACCAAAAAAAUUUAUAAAUGUAUUAAAAAAGCUUCAAAACAUAAAUCUUAUCUUCGAAAUGGUUUAAAAGAUGUUCAAAAACAUCUUCGGAAAGGAGAAAAAGGAUUGGUAGUAUUUGCUGGAGAUGUUUUUCCAAUAGAAAUUAUGUGUCAUUUACCAAUUGUAUGUGAAGAUAAAAACAUUCCAUAUUGUUACACACCUUCGAGACAAGAUAUUGGUACUGCUAUGGGAGUGAAAAGAGGUAGUCUUAUGGUACUUAUUAAAGAACAUGAAGAAUACAAAGACCUUUAUGAAGAAAUUAAGUCAAACAUGAUAACAUUAUCAAUGCCAUUAUAAGCAUAUGUGCAAUCUUUUGCAUUUUAUUCAUUUUGUAAAUAGAAUAUUACAAUACGAAUUUUUUUUCAAAAGUUUUUUAUCAGAUAUUAUAUCUUAUUUUAUAAACAUCUUUCAAUAUAAACAAAUAUAUUAAACAAAAAUUUAUCGUAUAAAUUAUUAUAAUAUAAUCAUUUUGAUAUACAACAAAUAUUUUAACAUAAAUUACUAUAGAACAAUAUGUAACGAAUCUAAAAAAAGAAAAAAAAUAAAAUAAAAUUUUUUUAUCUUAA